GCCACCAUCACUCUGCUGUGCUCGGCUCCUGGGCAGCUUGCAGUGACAGCAAGCACAUUGGAAUUUGUGUCCCUGAGAAGUUAUUCGUCUUUGUGGUCAACCUUUUGGAAGAAAUGGAUUUGGAUCAAUUGGACCUGAAUCCCAGAAUUAUUGCUGCAGUUAAGAAAGCCAAACUGAAAUCAGUGAAGGAGGUUUUGCAUUUUUCUGGACCAGACUUGCAGAGACUGACCCGCCUCCCCAGCCUCGAUGUGCAGCACUUGCUGAGAACGGCCUCCUCACACCUGCAGGGGAGCCACGUCUGCACAGCGCUGCAUCUGCACCAGCAGAACCAGAGGUUCCCCGCGCAGCACCAGCGCCUGAGCCUGGGCUGCCCCGUGCUCGACGGGCUUCUCCGCGGCGGCCUGCCCCUGGACGGCCUCACCGAGCUGGCCGGCCCCAGCUCCGCCGGCAAGACCCAGCUGGCGCUGCAGCUCUGCCUGACCGUGCAGUUCCCGCGGCGGCAUGGAGGCCUGGAGGCCGGGGCUGUGUACAUCUGCACGGAAGAUGUCUUCCCCAGCGCGCGUCUGCAGCAGCUCAUGGCUCAGCAGCGGCGCCUGCGGACGGACGUGCCGGGAGACGUGGUCGACAGGAUAAAAUUUGGCAACCAGAUCUUUGUUGAGCACGUGGCCGACGUGGACACCCUCCUGGAGUGUGUGAGGAAGAAGGUGCCCACGCUGCUGUCUCGGGGGAUGGCCCGUUUGGUGGUCAUCGACUCCGUGGCCGCCCCGUUCCGCUGCGAGUUUGAUGGCACGGCCUCUGUCCCCAGGGCCAGGUGUCUGCAGGCACUGGGGGCCGCCCUGCGCCGGCUGAGCGGCACCUUCCAGAGCCCGGUGCUGUGCAUCAACCAGGUGACAGAGGUCACAGAGGAGCAGGGCAUGGCACCCAGGCCACAGGGCGUCUGGGACGAGCGGGUUUCUCCAGCUCUUGGAAUGACCUGGUCCAGCCAGCUCCUAAUGAGACUGAUGGUCAGCCGGCGCCGCCCCGACCGCACCCUAAGGGUGGUCUUCGCCCCUCACCUGCCCCCCUCGUCCUGUUCCUACACAGUCAAUGCAGAGGGAGUGCGAGGGACUCCUGGGACCGUGUCCUGCUGACACGGCAGCUGUGGGUCGGCCGCAGGUUCUGGCCGCCCCUUCCCCGCUCUGCAGGCACAGGGGGCUGACGACCCCGCACACCCAUCGCUGGGUCAGGAUGUGCUUGACAGUGUUGGCUGCACCUUCUCCACGGCAGGGAGGCCGUGCGCACGGAUGAGCUGCCCGACGAGGCCUCCCCGUGUGCCCCAUGCCCCCCUCACCACAGCUCGCUCUCCGCCAGACUCUGCCCUAAGUAACUCCUCCACGCUG